CUUCGCCACUUCCCCACUUCCCCAUCCCCGAAACGAAAUAAUAACAUUUCUAUAAAAAAUUUAAUUUCGGUAUAAAUGCAUCGAUUUUCUGUUCCGUGGAUUCUGUCUGCUAUUUUGGCGUUCGGACUUUUUUCACAGAAGCUGCAGAUUGUGAAAUAAGGAGAAGAAAAUGCCUGCCCACAAGCUGGCUUCUCACCACGUUGUUUUGAAAGGUCCCAGUCUUGUCAAGGAAAUUUUCUACGGAAUAUCACUAGGCCUGAUGGCUGGGGGCGUUUGGAAAAUGUUCCACUGGAAUCAGCAGCGGAAGAGCAGGGAGUUUUAUGAUAUGCUGGAUCGGGGAGAAAUAUCUGUUGUCCAUAAAGAAGAGUAGAGUCUCACUGACAAAGUCCAAUCCAAGAAAGUGGUUUUUAAGAUCAAGACAUGUUAUAAUUCUGUACAAGUUUGUUUUCCUGUUAAUUAGUAGUGUAGAAUAAGAUUUGUUGUUAUACAUUGGGCUUUAAUCUUAAUUUUGGUACCUUAAAAUCUCUUAUUGUGGGUCAUUUUUGUCAAUCUGCCACGUUCCUCCUAUACAAACAUGACUUUGUCAAUAAUGGAAAUGGUAUUUUGAUGGUAGAAUUUUUAGCAAGCAGAGAAUCCUAAUUCUUUGUUUGAGUUUAUAACUCGUACAUUAUUACAUUUUUCUGUGGUAAGGGAAGGAUGUAGAAUGGUCUAAUUUUUUUUUCUGUUUAAUCUAAGGUUGUUAUUUAGUUUCUUUGUUCC